CCUCGAACUCUGUGACGUAUUGGGUUCAUAGGUCACGUGCCCAUGCUGCUCUGUAGCGUAGCGGAACAUGAGCGGCGUGAGUUUUUGAUUUUUCCGAGGUGAUAAUCUGAUCGCAGAUCGAAAGAUAGUUUAUAAAUGUAAACGAUCAUGGCGGAUCUUAAGAUCAACAAGAAGUUCGCAGAGAAAUAUGAGAAAUAUCGGCAGAAGGAGGAACUGCAGAGAUUAAAGGACCGAUAUGGGGACCAGGAUGAGCCGAAUUCAUCAGACUCCUCUGAUUCUGACACAGAUGAGAGUGAAGUGGAGCUGGACCCAAAAUUAGACAGGGAUUUCUACAGAACCCUCUCGCUGCUGAAGAAGAAAGAUCCCAAGAUCUAUCAAACAGAUGCCAAGUUCUACUCUGUGGAGUCCUCAGAAUCAGGCGACGAAGAAAAGCCGUCCACUUCGAAGAAGUCCGAGAAGCCCAUGUUCUUGAAGGACUAUGAGCGGAAAGUCAUCCUGGAGAGAGGAGGAAAAUAUGAUGAUGAGGAGGAUGACAGUGAUGAAGAAAUCUCCAGUAAGAUGCAAGAGAGGGCAGCAUCUCCCACCUACAUCCAGGAACAGAAGGAUUUAAAGGAGAGCUUCCGAAAGUUUCUUCAUGACAGCGAUGAGGAGGGCAGCAGCGAUAAAGAUGAAGAGCUGCUGACACGAAGAACCAAAACACAAGAGGAGAAGGACAGAGAAGAGGCCGACUAUGUGGAAUGGCUGAAGGGUCAAGCAGAGCUGGAGGUGGAGGAGGAUGUUAAGGACAUGAAAUACCUGCGAGACUACUGGAACAACCCUGGGCUGGAUGAGAAAGAGUCUUUCUUGCGAGACUACGUGCUCAACAAAGGCUACUUGGAGGAAGAUGACGAAGAGAGGAUCCCCACCUAUGAUGAGGUGGUGCAGGAUGAUGUGGAUGACUCCGAGGGGGAAGGAGAGUCUUUUCUGCAGAAACAGGAGGACUUCGAGAGGCACUACAACUUUCGCUUUGAGGAACCUGAUGCUGGAAAGGUCAAGACGUAUCCUCGCAAUAUUGCAACGUCUGUACGAAGCAAAGACGACAGGAGAAAGAUAAAAAGAGAAGAGGUGAAAGAAAGGAAGAAAAAGGAGAAGGAACAGAAACAGCAGCAGUUGAAGGAACUGAAGAAUCUGAAGCGUGCUGAGAUCAUGAGCAAACUGAAGAAACUUCAGGAGCUGACCGGAAAUAAGCAGUUGACCUUCAAUGAGAUCGACCUGGAGGGAGACUUUGACCCCCAAACGCACGACCAGAUCAUGCAAAAAUUCUUUAGCGAUGAAUACUAUGAAGAGAACGAGGAUGAGAAACCACAGUUUGACGAUGAUGAUGAUGACGAUGAAGGUAAGUGGAACUGGGACACGUGGAUGGGUAAGGAGGAGGAAGGCGAAGAGGAAGAUUACAAUGCGGAGGCAUACUAUGAGCCCAACUGUGAAGAUCCAAAUUUUAUAAUGGAUGCCGACUAUGACCCCAGUGAACAGCCAGUGUCUAAGAAGAAGAGAAAGAAGGAGAGAGAGGAGAAGAAAAAGAAGAGCAAAGAUGAUGCUCCCCUCAUGGGAAAGAAAAGGAAAAAGUCUCAUUUUGCAGAGAUAUUAAACACAAACAAGCCGGUUUUUGAUCCAAUGGAGAAGACAUUCGAGCAGUACUUGGAUGAGUAUUAUAAGCUGGAUUAUGAAGACAUCAUUGAUGACUUGCCAUGCAGGUUUCGUUACAGAGAGGUUGUGCCCAAUGACUUCGGCCUGAGCACCGAUGAGAUUCUGAAUGCAGAAGAAAGAGAGCUAAACAGCUGGUGCUCAUUGAAAAAGACAUGCAUGUAUAGGUCGGAAAAAGAUGAACUCUGUGAUGUCAAGAACUUCCAGAUCAAAGCACAGAAUGUCAGAAGAAAAGAGGAAGUGUUUAAGUCGUUAUAUAAUAUGAAUGAAGAUGAGGAGAUGCCAGGGGCCAAAGGGAAGAUGGGUAAGAAGAGGAGGGAUCGUGUAAAGAGGUCAGAAGAGAAGAAAAAUCCGAUAGAGCAGAAAUCUGAAACCAGUCCAGCAGAUGCCGUUGACCAAACAGGCCAGGACCGUAAAGAUAUCACCGCCAUGGAUGAUGAAGAGGAAGAGCAGUUCCUAGUACCUAAGAACAAGAAAGUGAAAGUGGAAGAGAGUCCAGCAACACCCAAUGAAAUGGCGCCACAUGAAAAGACUGAAAAACCUAAAUUGUCCAAAAAGACACACAGGCGCCCACAUGGACGCCUGCUGACAAGGUCCUCGAUGGUGAAGAUGGGCGGCCGAGAGUUUAGUAGACAGAGACUCAAAGCCUAUGGGUUGAAUCCAAAGAGGCUUCACUUCAGAGAGCUGUACAGACAGAAACGUAAAGAACGAGAAAAAAAGGCAAACCGAGAGAAAAAGAGCAGUCAGUGAUGCUGAAAUGAAUAUCAUUAUCUCUCAUUUUCGAAAUAUGAAUUGGCUUUGUCAUUUUGAAAAUUCUUCAUGAGGGACCAAUAACAAUGGAGAAAUUGUUUAAGACUUGUCCCUUGACACAGUUUUUUAAAGUUUAUAUUCAGAUUCAGAAUUUAAUGUUUUAUCUAUUACUCAAAGUGAAAGUAAUUAAAAUGAGACAAUUCUUCAUA